AUGAGUACUGAAGUGCUACCACCUCUCGUCGGAAAUCCGUCAGUUAAGUCUCCAGCGUCGAAAAUGCCGCUUUCGAACCCCCAAGCAAACAUGCAGCUCCAAUCGCGUCUCUUUCGCCUACCUAGGGAACUUCGAGAUCUCAUCUACCACCAUUACCUCUUCAACGAAGCGGGCCUCGCCUACAACUUCGACACGAAUAAAGUUCCUGUCGAUCUGUCGCUAAUGUGCACAUGCCGUGCGGCCGCGCUCGAGCUUCGAGGCCUUGCUUUGCGGCUCAACAAGAUCGUCUUCCGCACAUCGUAUACGGAUGCCACGCGAACGCAUGCGAGCAUGUUUCACAAAGCUCUCGCCACAUUACACACACUGAAGCUAGAUCUGCUCAAUCGCGUCCUCCCGGACCUGUUGACUGAUGCAGUGGAAACAGAGAUAUCUCUCAAAUAUCCAGAGUUCUCACCCGCCCUACCGGCGUGGAGGAUGGGAUUUGGAAACAUGCACUUUCUGGGAGAGCCAGCCUCAACACAUCGCGACUUCAUCCAUUUCGCCCUGAAUCUCCUAUUCAAACGUACACGCAUCUCGACAGCAGCCAGGAGACAUUUGAGACGCGACCACAAGAAGCUCCGAAAGUCGAACCCCGAACCUUGGCAAACGCCGAACGAAGGCACCCUCCGACGCGGCCGAGAGGGAAUGUCUGGCCCUUCCACCGAGUACAUACGCAACCUCAGGGUCAUACCCUUUGAUGGCGCUCUCCAGCAACUAGUCGACACAGCAAAAGUUGGACACAUGCAGCCUGACGACAAUGUGAACUACUCGUUCUCCGCAGCAGCGUGCGCAAUACGUUUCUUCAGGUCUCUCCGUGUUGAGACGCUCGAACAGAUGCGAGACAUAGAACUCAUCGAAGACCGAGAAUCCAUCUCUUUCCCAGAAUGCCAUGUCAGGGGUCUGAUACCAUUCUGUCGUGAGCACCCAAGAAUGCGCGUUCAUAGGCGUGUCAGUCUUUGGAGCAACGUGUUUCCCGUAACCAGUACCCUACCGUACAAGACAAGCCCUACGCACAGGCGUGUCAACAGGGUCAACCUGGAAAGGGAUCGUCUUGCAUCCCGCUACGUCUCAAGGGCGGUCGCGAAGUGGAUGGCAGAAGCAUCUGCAUUACCCUCCCUAGGUAUGCCCGAGGGCUCUUUCAAGCUGACCUUCGAAUGCGACUCCGCCCCAGAGGAGACCACGCAAGUGUUUGACAUCAUACAGCGAGAUGCCGCCUGGCAAACCGCCCUGGACCUGAGUUACGCCCGGAAUCUUCUACCACAGCCAGACUGGCGCAUGCGCAGACUCCGUAACGGAUACAUAUACGAGACCUUCCCACAGCUAUUGCAGCAAGUCACCGAUGGCCAGUCUUUCAUACGUUGCGACUUCAACCCUGGGGAGGUUCAGGACCCGGAGCAGAUCAUGAGGGAACUGAGUGGCUACUCAAAGGAGAUGUGGGAGACUAAGUGGCACGGCCAUACACCUGCCCGGUUUCAGACACUCGAGAACAUGCCGCCCUGGCACCUACUACGCGAUGGAUUUACCAUCUGGGAUGGAGAAGGUAACCGUUGA